AUGGUUGUGAAGAUGAUGAAGUGGAGGCCAUGGCCUUCCAUUUCAUCCAAGAAAGUUGAGGCCAAGAUCACCAUUCAUCAAAUUAAGGACCUAAUCAUAGCAUCACAACUCAAAGAUUCUGCAAGAUUUGUGGUUGAGAUCAAGUGGAAAGGGUCAAAGGCCAAUGCUUUCAGGACUUUUAGAAGAAGUGUGAGGAGGAAUUUCACAAAGGAGGAAACUUUAGAAGAAGAUGGAGUUGUUGAAUGGAAUGAAAAGUUUCAGAAUGUGUGCAAUUUGUUAGCUUACAAGGAGGGUUUGUUUCAUCCUUGGGAAGUUUCAUUUACUGUUUUUAAUGGCUCGAAGCGUGGAACAAAUGGCAGGAUCCCUAUUAUUGCGACUGGAAUGUUGAACCUUGCAGACUUUACGUCUCAUGUAGAAAACCAGGACAGAGAAGUCACGAUUCCCAUGGAUAUGCCUGGUGCCAGCUUUGAUAAUAGGCCUUUACUUUAUCUGACCAUCAUCCUUCUAGAAUUGAGGAAUGCCGAGGAACCUUCAGGAAUGAUAAUGAGACCAGUUGUUUCUUUUCCUCUUUCGCCCUGUUAUGGAGAAAUCUCCCCAACAGAGAAAGAAGAGAAUUCCAUUCUCAAAGCCAGUCUGAAAAGAGUGAAUAUUUUUAUGGGUUUAUCUAGCCGAAGGGCUAAAAAGACAGGUAACGAAGAGGAGGGCAGUGAUGGAAGGAGCUCGGUCAGAAGCGAGGAAAUUUACCCACUUGAUACGGAAUCACUUGAUGACUCGGAAGAAGGGGACUCAGACGAAGGGAAGGAAGAUUCCGGUGGUCAGAAGUCGUUCAGUUAUGGAACUUUGGCCUAUGCAAAUCAUGCUGGGACGGCAAGUUACUCAAACACGAGCAGUAGUGAAGACGAGGGCUGGAUCUACUAUAGCUAUAGCAAGUCAGAUGUAGGGAAAAUGUUUGAUCAGUCCAUCCAGCCAACUUCAAAACGUAGAAUCCUUCCCUGGAGGACAAGGAAACUAAGCUUCAGAUCUCCUAAAGUUAAAGGAGAGCCCUUGCUGAAAAAAUAUUAUGGGGAGGAAGGUGGGGAUGAUAUUGAUUUUGAUCGCCGGCUACUUAGUUCGUCAGAUGAAUCCACUUUCGGGAAAACCGAAGAAGGUUAUGCUGCAAAUAUGCUAUCUGCCUCUGCAUUUGGAGAUGACAAUUUUGCUGUGGGUAACUGGGAGCAGAAAGAGAUAAUCAGUCGCGAUGGACAUAUGAAGUUACAAACACAAGUUUUCUUUGCUUCGAUUGUAGUUUCCUCACUUUCUCGUCGUCCUGAAAGUGCAUGUACAACCCUGGUAGCCGUGAUUGCUGAUUGGUUACAAUCAAACUCUGAUGAAAUGCCGAUCAAAUCCCAACUCGACAGCCUGAUCCGUGAAGGUUCACUAGAGUGGAGGAAUCUCUGUGAAAACGAGACCUAUAGGGAAAGGUUCCCAGACAAGCAUUUUGACCUGGAUACAGUUCUCCAGUCUAAAGUUCGUCCAAUUUCUGUUGCACCGGAGAAGUCUUUCAUUGGCUUCUUCCAUCCAGAAGGACUAGAAAAUGGAGAUUGUGAUUUCCUCCAUGGCGCGAUGUCAUUUGACAACAUUUGGGAUGAGAUUUGUCAAACUGACAUGCAUUGCUCUCUGACUGGUGACCCAUUAGUUUACAUUAUUAGCUGGAACGACCACUUUUUCAUCUUAAAGGUCGAACAAGAUUCAUACUACAUCAUCGACACAUUGGGUGAGAGGCUUUAUGAGGGCUGCAAUCAAGCAUUCAUCUUGAAAUUCGAUCGAGAUACAACCAUCCAUCAACGUAUCGAGCCUAAAAAAUCAGACAGUGAACAUAUAACCGAUGAGAAAAAGGAAGUGCAGGAGGGCAGUUGCGAAGGACAAAUUACUAUCAGCAGCAGUAAUGUGCAAGGAAAUAGUGAAGAAGAACAGAAGAUAGUCUGCACCGGAAAAGAGUCGUGCAAAGAGUACAUUAAGAGCUUUUUGGCUGCAAUCCCUUUGAGGGAAUUGCAAGUUGAUCUGAAAAAGGGAUUGAUGGCAUCAACACCUCUUCAUCAUCGGUUACAAAUUGAGUUCCAUUACACAAGGCACUUACAACCCGUGAUAGAGUCUUCCAUAGUCGAAGCAAUUGCUGAUAUACCGGAGAUACAACCCUUGGAAGUACCCGAAGAAUUAUAG